CCCGAAUUCCAUCGCAAACAAAGAAAACCCAAAUGCACACCCAAUGGUAUCCUUGGAACGAGCUUUGAAACAGUUGAAGUCCGCUUUAAAAUUUCUUGGUCCAUGAUACAUAAAUCAUCGUUCUUCGCUUGGUGUCUUCCAACCAGGCAACUUCUCAAUUUCACGUCGCAUUAUCGAAGACGUUGCAAGAUGACGACCACGGUUUCCACAAAGUUUCUUAUCAUUUCUGAUACCCAUAGCUUCGAAUUCGGCGACGCAGAGAAAGUCAAUGGUCCCUUCCGACUACCAAUCCCAAAAGUUGAUGUUGUCCUGCACUGCGGGGACUUAACCUCAGUUGGAGGUCCGUCAGCCUACAAAGGAGUUCUGAAGAUGCUUGGCGCCAUCGAUGCCGAGCUGAAACUCGUCAUUGCAGGCAACCAUGAUCUUGACCUCGAUAGGAAAUACUUCGACUCGCAUCUAGAUGAAGACGACGACCCAGAACAGCACAAUAAAUCUGUUGAGAUCAUGACUGGAGCUUUGGCCAAAGAAGCUGGAGUUACAUACCUGGUAGAAGGGCUCAGCACUUUCACACUCAAGAACGGAGUAAAAUUCACAAUAUACGCGUCACCAUACCAACCAGAAUUCUAUGACUGGGCAUUUCCAUACGAACGCAAUGAGGACCGAUUCAAUCCCCCUCAGAAUAUCGUACCUGGUGUUAAGUGUAUCACAGAAAACCCUAUUCCGGAUUUUCCUGGCAUCGAUAUCCUGAUGACGCACGGUCCUCCCGAAAAUAUUCUUGAUGAGACCAACAAAGGUACCCAUGUGGGAUGCGAAGCGUUGAUGACAGCCGUCAGUCGCGCAAGACCACUUCUGUACUGCUUUGGACACAUUCAUGAAGGCUAUGGUGCCGCAACGAUUGCCUGGAACGAGGAUAAGACCAAGAUGGGAGCAGAAGCUAUACGGAGCCAAGGUCAUCUCUCAAAUGCUUAUUCAGAGAGCUUAAAUUGGUCACCCAAAUUCGGAAAAGAGACACUGAUGGUGAAUGCGGCCAUAAAAGAUGUCAGGUAUAAGCCUACAAACGCACCAUGGAUCGUUCAGCUGGACCUUCCUCGUGGGGAUUGAGCAUCGUUCUGGCUCAAUUCGGAGAGUUGCAGUGGAGCGGCGCUCGCUGAGAAAAGUACUUUAUGCAAUGUAGUAAUAGUUCAAGAAAUGAUAGAGAAUCGACAUGCGAG